GUAACAGAAGCAUGAAUAAUAACGAGCACGCACUUUUUUUUCCUUUGCAACUUGCUCCCUAGAAAAUAGGACUACUCAUUUUAUCAGGAAUGUGAAAGCCACCUCAGCCAUUCCCGAUUGCUCAAAGUGCAAUUUCAUCAUAGCCGUUUGAUUAAAGAACGAUGGACUAUUUGAUCAUAGCCAUAAAGAGGGAGCAAGAAAGAAAGUGAAAGAAUCGACUUUACUUUUCUUUUUCCUUUUUUUUUUUUUUUUUUUUUUAUUGUAAAGCUUACGAUCGAACUAUGUAGAACAAAAGUGGAGGAUUACCUUCUGCCUUGAAGUUGAGGACUCCCUUUUCUUUUUUCCAGGAAAAUCAAUUAUCUGGCAUCAUCUUGAAAAUCCUUAAUUUGUUCUUCAAGAAAACCAUCUCCAAGAAAAACAUGGUGCACAUUGUCUUAACACUAACACUCCUCGUACUUACAUGCACUUGCUCAGUUUCGUCCUCACUCAUUUCCGAUUUCCACGCAUUAAUCUCGUUAAAACUCGGGUUUCAUUCCUCCAAUUAUGCUAUAGCCACUUGGGAUUCUUCUAAACCCACCGCACUCUGUUCUUGGAGCGGAAUCAAAUGCUUCAACAAUCGAGUAACCCAUCUAAACCUCUCGAAUAUGGCUCUGUACGGCUCCAUUUCCCCUGCAAUUUCGAGGCUCGACAAGCUGAUCGAGCUCUCCAUAGAUGGAAACAACUUCACCGGCGAAAUCAAGAUCGAAAACAUGAGCAGCCUUCGGUUUGUCAACAUAUCAAAUAACCAGUUCAAUGGGAAUUUGGAUUGGAAUUACUCGAGCCUCGGCAAUGUACAAGUGCUCGAUGCGUACAACAAUAACUUCUCUGCUUAUCUGCCGACUGGUUUGUUGAGUUUAAAGAAUCUCAAGUACUUGGAAUUGGGAGGAAACUAUUUCCACGGUCGAAUCCCUAAGAGUUAUGGCAAUUUGAUGGAACUGGAGUAUUUAUCACUGGAUGGAAACGAUCUUGAAGGGAAUAUUCCGAAAGAAUUAGGCAAUCUCACUAAUUUGAAGCAGAUUCGUUUGGGAUCUUACAAUGUAUACAACGGUGGAAUUCCACGGGAAUUUGGGAAGUUGGUCAAUUUAGUGCACAUGGAUAUUUCGAGCUGUGAAUUGGACGGUACAAUUCCUCUGGAAUUGGGGAAUUUGACGUCGCUCGACACUCUGUUUCUGCAUAUGAAUCGACUAUCCGGGCCAAUCCCGAAGGAAUUAGGUAACUUGACAAACCUCGUAAAUCUUGAUCUUUCUGUCAAUGCAUUAACAGAAGAAAUCCCAUACGAAUUCGUAAACCUUAAGCAAAUCAAGCUUCUCAAACUGUUCAUGAACAGAUUGCAUGGCUCGAUUCCGGACUUUAUAUCCGAUUAUUCCGAGCUGGAAACUCUCGGUCUUUGGAUGAACAAUUUCACCGGAACUAUCCCGAGGAAUCUUGGCGCGAAUCAAAAGAUCCAAGACUUGGAUUUGUCUUCAAACAAACUCACCGGUACAAUUCCGAAGCACUUGUGUGCAUCGAAACAGCUCAGAAUCUUGAUUCUACGAAUAAACUUUCUUUUCGGCUCGAUACCUGACGACUUGGGCGAAUGCUCGAGUCUUGUGAGGGUGCGGUUGGGGCAGAACUACUUCGACGGCGGAAUUCCGGGCGGGCUCAUUUACCUGCCCGAGAUAAACUUUCUUGAACUCCACAACAAUAUGUUAUCUGGGAUCCUGUCUGAAAACCGUAAAUCUUCUUCGUCUAACCAAACUAAAUUAUCCCAAAUUAAUCUUUCCAACAAUCAGCUUUCGGGUCUAUUGCCCUCUUCCCUUUCGACCUUUUCUUCCCUCCAAAUCCUCUACCUUAAUGGGAACAGAUUUUCCGGUCAAAUCCCUCCUUCUAUAGGUGAACUCCACCAAGUAGUAAAGCUCGAUCUUCGAGGAAAUGCUCUUACAGGCAAAAUCCCACACGAAAUUGGGAAGUGUUUGCAUCUUAACUAUCUUGACCUGAGUCAGAAUAACCUUUCCGGAUCAAUACCCGACGAGAUAUCUAAUAUUCGAAUAUUAAGUUACUUCAAUGUAUCGAGGAACAAUUUGACCGAGUCAAUACCACAGUCAAUCGGCUCCAUCAGAAGCCUCACAACCAUUGAUUUCUCGUUCAACAAUCUCUCUGGGAAGAUACCGGAAUCAGGGCAGUUCUCGUUUUUCAAUGCAUCUUCAUUCGUGGGCAAUCCACAGCUCUGCGGGGCCAUAUUGAACAACCCCUGCAAUCUUACAACAAUCACAAACCAACGUACAAAAUCCCACAACGGGUUCAAACUUAUGUUGGCUCUGGUGCUGUUUGUAUGCUCCAUAGUAUUUGCAACAGCAGUUAUCAAGGCGAAACCGUUCAAGAGAAUCGGAUCGAAUUCUUGGAAAAUGACCGCCUUCCAGAAGGUCGAUUUCACCGUUUCGGAUAUUCUUGAAUGUGUGAAAGAUGGGAAUGUCAUUGGCAGAGGAGGAGCUGGGAUUGUCUAUCACGGCAAAAUGGCUAAUGGUGUGGAAAUUGCGGUGAAGAAACUCGUGGGAUUCCACGGUGUAAACAACAGCCACGAUCACGGAUUUAAAGCUGAGAUACAAACACUAGGUAACAUCAGGCAUAGAAACAUUGUGAGACUCAUCGCAUUUUGCUCGAACAAGGACACGAACUUUCUUGUUUACGAGUACAUGAGAAACGGCAGUUUGGGCGAGGCGUUGAUGAACGGGAAAAAGGGCGGGUUUUUGAGCUGGAAUUUAAGGUACAAAAUUGCGAUCGAUGCUGCUAAAGGGUUGUGCUAUCUGCACCAUGAUUGCUCGCCUUUGAUCGUGCACCGGGAUGUGAAAUCGAACAACAUUCUGUUGGAUUCGAGCUUCGAAGCCCACGUGGCGGAUUUCGGGCUGGCCAAGUUCUUGGUUGAUGGAGGUGCUUCACAGUGCAUGUCCGCCAUUGCAGGGUCUUACGGUUACAUUGCUCCAGAAUACGCGUACACAUUGAGGGUAGACGAGAAGAGCGACGUGUACAGCUUCGGAGUGGUCCUCCUGGAGCUCGUCACCGGCCGCCGCCCCGUCGGAGAGUUCGGAGAAGGCGUGGACAUCGUGCAGUGGGUUAGGUGUUCGACGAAUUGCCGCAGAGAAGAUGUCACCCGUAUCAUCGACCCACGGAUCACCGUCGCGCCCAAGGAUGAAGCGAUGCACUUGUUUUUCGUCGCCAUGCUCUGCGUCCAGGAAAACAGCGUCGAGCGCCCCACCAUGAGGGAGGUUGUGCAGAUGCUGUCGGAGUUUCCCCGCUCCUCGCCGGAAUUGCAGUCGUCUUCCUCCGCGAUCAGCCACCAACCGCCGCAGCGCCACCACCAAAACGGCAAAAACCCUGAUGAGAAAAUUCGACCGGAUCUCUUAAUUUGAAAAUUAAUAAUCUCAUAAUUAAUUAAACUUUUUCUUUUUUAAUCUCUUAAUUUGUAA